GUGCUGCUGUCAGGACUCAUUGGCGUCGUCUCCUGGAAAAGGCCUCUCUCCCUCGUGGUCACCUUUUUCAUGCUGCUCUCCGCCGUGUGCGUGAUGCUGAACCUGGCCGGCUCCAUCCUCUCCUGCCAGAACGCUCAGCUCGUCAGCGCCCUGGGAGCCUGCCAGCUGAUUAAGUUUGACAGCGUGGAGGUGUGCAUCUGCUGUGAGACGCAGCACCGGGCGGCCGGCUGCAGCAACCUCGGGGAGACGCUGAAGCUGAACCCGCUGCGCGAGGACUGCAACGCCGUGCGGCUGACCCUCAAGGACCUGCUCUUCAGCGUGUGCGCCCUCAACGUGCUCUCCACCAUCGUGUGCGCCCUGGCCACCGCCAUGUGCUGCAUGCAGAUGGUCUCCACCGACAUCCUGCACCUGUUCCUUCCGCACAGGGCGCCUUCCUCCAGCCCCGCCUGCCUGACCCCGCACGGCACCGUCCUCCACCAGACGCUGGACUUCGAGGAGUUCAUCCCGCCUCUGCCGCCGCCCCCCUACUACCCCCCCGAGUACAGCUGCACGCCCCCGGCCGAGGCCCACAGGGGCCUCCGCCUGGACUUGGCUCCCGCCCCAUUCGGCACCUUGUACGACGCGGCCAUCAACAGCCCCGGCCUGCUCUACCCCGCGGAGCUGCCCCCGCCUUACGAGGCCGUGGUGGGCCCGGCCCCGCCCAGCCAGGUCCCGAGCACAGACCAGCAGGGGGCCCAGACCAGCUCCGGGGACCCGGUCGCCUCUGCCGGCUUCUGCGCACAAGAGAGCACCAGCCGCCCAGGCUCCCAGGGUGCCACCGCUCUGGGCCCCAGCCACCUGUCCCCCGACGGCCCCGUGGGAGCCCCGCCGCCAGCCCGGCACCCCGGCCUCACAUCCCCCGGGGGCCCCAACCUGGGCACACAGACACCUCCGGGCCCUGGCCGCCUGGCCCGCUCCACCAGCGACCCCACCGCGUGCUCGUCCGGGGCAGCAGUCUCCCGGUCUCGCUCUGCCGUGGCUGCCUGUGCCCGCCGACACCAGCCAUCCCCACCCGGGCACCCUGACACCUGGGAACCGCAGGGGCGCCCAGAGCCCGAGGCCUCGCCGGCGGUCGCCAAACAGCGGCCGCGCUCCGUCGUGGACAGCGAGGCCCACGCGGGCACCGGGGGCCUGGUGACCAAGUUUCUGGGGCGCUCCAGCCGCCCCCUCUCCCCCGCGGAGCGCCCCAUGGACGGGGCCGUCUUCAGUGCGGCCGUGCUGGACCAGGUGUGAGCCGCCAGCUGUGGGCGUGGACACGGACAGGCUGGCGUCACAGGGGCCUGCGGGAGCCGUACCUGUGGGGAGAGGCGGCCCCAGAGGACCUGGGGGUGGCUGCUGGCCCCUCCCCCGGGGGAGCCGGUCCAUCGUAUCCUUGGGGGACACACGUCCUGCCCAGCGCAGUCACACCGAGGACCGUCCGUCUGUCCAGUGCGCACCUGGCUUUGUCAGGCACGUGGGCUCUCGGACUGACCAGCCGCACAAGAAGCCAGGGGCAGGCGACUGUCGGGUAAUGAAGACGCGAAGUGCUUCCAGCCCAGGAUUCUCCCCGAUGUGGUUCCCGACGUGGACAGAGGGGGCACGGAGGCUGAGGCUGCUUUCUCCUGUCCUGGGCCCCGCUUUGCCCGCGGGGCUGAGGGAACCGUGCCAACAUGUACGAAGGGGGACAGGCGUGGAAGGGGCUUUGUGGAGCGCCCCCUCUCUCAGCCCUCCCCCCGUGGGGGCCCCGCCCGGCGCUCUCCACCGUCCCUACCUGGUGCGAGGACCGCGGAGUAGACGCUGUGGUUGAAUCCGUCACAGGAACCCUUGGGACAAGCCACUGCUUCUCGUUUUCUUGCAUCUGCCCCCCCCCCCCCGCCCCCGGACUGGCCUCGAGGGUGGAGGUCUGGGGGAGAGGCCCGUGUCCCCCAGAUCCAUGUGUUUCCCGAGAAAGCAGGUCUCUGCUGGCCCAGCCAGGCGGUGGCAGCCACGUCGGCGUUGGGAGGACCCAGGCUGUCAACCGUUUCUGUGCAAAACACCCCCCCGUGGGGCGUCUGCAGGAGCAGCCAGCAGCUGGGCACCUGGUACUUGGCCACAUCCCCACGCGGGCCCUGGGGCACCUCUGCAGCCGUGGCAACACCUGGACCCACAGCGCAGCCACCAGCACCUGAGCGGCCACCGAGGCCCCUGCACUGGACGAGGCCGCGACAGCCCCCGGGCCUGGCGUGGGGAGGACUGGACGGGCCCUCUGCUCUGUGGUCACGCGGCCGACGUGAGAAGGGGAGCCGGGUGUCCGGCCCAGGAACAGGUCGGGGAAGGAGCCGUGAGAUGGUCAGCUGUGGCCGCCGGGAUCGACUGGCCGCUGCCUCCCACCACUGAGAGCCGCAGGUUCCAGCCCCGCCUCUGGGACAGGGAGGACCCCGGGGACACUGCAGAGUUCAAGACAAUCGUGUCUCCCCAACGUCACUUACAAGGACGUCCUGAGAGCGGGGGCCUCCCAGGACCCCAUCCCUGCCGCCCCAGGAGCUCGCUGUCUCCAGGGACUCGCUGGGGCUCGGAGGACAGACGGCACAGCACAGGUACACACACCUCGUCCGCCGCGCCGAGAACAGCGCGAUGCGCACACACUGACUGCCCCGCGCUCUCCUUGGAGGAAGACAGACCCUCUCGUCAGGGGAGCGUGGGGUCCGGCCUCGGCUCUAGAUGUACAGCGGGGUCUCCUGGCCCGUGAGGAGCCGGAACAUGGCGGCGGGCAUGGUCUUCAUAUGGAUCUGCCAACGAGAGAGGGGCUGAGGCCUCCCCCCUCCCCCAGGUCUGGUGCCGCCCCUCCCGCGCAGGCUGAGCAGGUGGGACAGACGGGAGGGACUGGCCUGGGGCCGCGGGUCUCACCUCCCCGACCGAGUUGGACAGAGCCUGCACGAUCUUCUCGUGGGCCGUGGCCACCACGCUCUGCCCGUUGAUCUCGAUGAUGCGGUGGCCGACGCGGACGCCCCCUCGCUCGGCGAUGCCGCCCCGCAUGAGGCUGCAGAUCUGAGCAGACACGGUCGUUAGCACGCGGUCCCACCACACCGCCCGGCGCUCCUGCCCCCAAGACGGGCAAGGACUCCACCUGCAGGCACUGCCCAGUGGCUCUCGUCUCUCUGAGGUUUUGUCUUUUUAGGGAUCCUCACACCUAAGGGCCCGGAACCCCAGCCGGGACUCCCGCCUGUCAUAGCCGCUUCUCCAACCCCAGCUGGAGUUUGGGGGGCAGGCUGCCCCUCUCAGAGGAAGGCGGCAUCUCCCCGCUGGAGACUGUCCCUUGGUGGGUGGUGGUGUGGGAAGAGAGGAGGGACCCUUUUAGAAAAAGCGACAACUGGGUCACCCAGGGCCUGUCUGCCCACGACGCCUGUGCUGAGGGUGUAAUGAAGCUGAAAAUGGAAAAGGCACUUGAGCAAGACUAACGCCGAUGUCGGCAAACUUUUCCAGGGAAGCUGGCUGCGUGGCACACCGAGUCGGUGGGCACGGCGUCCCAGCGAGAGGAGAGCCCGCCGGCCACCAGGGCCUCGCGUGCACGCCCGUGGCCUGGUUACUGACGCCGUGGGCCCGGCAACAGACCGACCCCCGACUGCCCACAAUGCCGCCACUUCAGCUGGAGCCUGGGGAGAGUGACCUCGCCCCUGAGAAACGGGACCAGCCGCGGGGAGUCCUCUCUGCCUUUCUAGGAGGUUCCCCUGACCAAGGACACACGCACACAGCCCCACGCAGGCCGAGAACAGGAGCCUGGGCUGGAGAGCUCGGGCCUGACAGACGGGCCCGGAGUUGGGGGCAGACCAGCUCCCUCCGGGCAGCUCGCUGUGGGUGGAAGUGAGUCUGACGCUGCGGGGCUGCAAGGGCCCUGCCUCCCUCCCUGCCUGGCUGUGUCCCUGGCGGACCUGCGCCCAGACCCUAGCGUGGCCCGGGGAGCGGACUCACGAUCCCGUUCUGCACGCUGAAGCCCAGCUGGUACUUGAGGUCUGGCCGCUUGAUGAGGACCGUGGUGACGGGCGGGCAGCUGACGAUGUUGAGCUUCACUUGCGUCUGGUUCUUCAGACCCUGCAGAGCGGGGACAGGAGUCAGGUCUCUCAGGAGCCGCCUGUCACCCAUCUCCUCGCUCCUGGUCGCUCCCACCCACCGGGGCUGGGAGUGGGCAGCCCAGCGGGAAAGGCGCCUUUUCAAGGUCGUUAAGACGGGCUGUCAUCAGUGCUUCGUUACCAGGCGCCUCCUCACACCCAAGUGCUCAGCCCCGGAGGCAGGAGCCAGAGGCAGGCAGGGGCGUGGCGGGCGCGGUGACGCAGGGCCGGGGCUCACCUCCUUGCAGUUCUCCGAGUUGGAGAAGUGGAUGAGGUCGUCGUUGUACAUCUCCUGGGAGCUGAUGAUGUCGCUGUAGUCCUUCUGGCUCAGGUCCUCGGGGUUGAUGCCGUUGGCGCGCAGGAACUCCUGGUAGGCCACGCUGAAGGCCUGGCCGAUGGACUGCGCGAUGAGCUGGGCCUGUGGGGAGGGCACCUCAGAGGCCCGCCUGGAGGGGCGUGGACGCCUGAGGGGAACUGGGGCCCUUUCUGCGGCCGGUACCUGCGGCCGGGCCCUGGCUGCCCACCGGACAGUGUGGGGCAGGCACAGCCUCAAUAAAGGGCAAAGCUGACCAGCGACCUGCUCACAACCA